ACAGUGCAGACCUUUGAGCUGGGUGUUUAAGAGAAGUAGGGUGAUGGAGGGGCUUGUGGGCAGAAUUAAUCGUGUAAGAGGCAGACAGGCAGAUUCAAACUCACAGCGACAAUAACACCAAAGAAGCCACGUGCUUGAAAGCAGACCACCCCACUAACACUCCAUGUCAGGUGAGACAUUCAGUUCCCACACACUGUCAGGAGUGGGUGCAGAGUCUGCGGCGGGUAGCGUCAGUCGGUUGAAGACAUACUAAACGUCCAUGCUUACGCCAAUGUUGGGAGACCAAGCAAGAUUCUGCGCACAAAAGGUACAAGAAGCACUGAGAAGGUAAUUGAGGAGUGAUCAAGAAAAAACAAGCAAGCACCACAGCGAACACUCUGAAGCUGAAGGCAGGGACAUUCUUGACCCUGCUGAUGCUGGGUACAAUGCAAUCUGCCUUCUUGCGGCUGAGGGGGGAAGCCGAGCAAGAGCCCGAGGACCCCUCUCUUAGAGGCCUAGGUCUGCGUCGCAAGCGAGAAUUCACCCCAGACGAAAAAAAGGAUGCUUCCUACUGGGAAAAACGGCGCAAAAACAAUGAGGCAGCCAAGCGUUCACGAGAGAAGCGGCGGGCGAACGACUACAUGCUGGAGACACGGCUUGUGGCGCUAAGCGAGGAAAAUGCAGCUCUACGGGCCGAGCUACUGGCUUUGAAGCUUCGCUAUGGUAUCCUCACUUCUAGCCCCCCUUACACCGCCCCCCAGAGAAGCUUCCUUCAGAUGCAUCCAUACUCCCAGCAAACUCCAAACGCCUUUCCAGACAGAGAGCUCUACUGGGACAGAAGGAGUCAAGAGCCAUCCCAAUUGCCUGGAUACCAACGACCUUCUGCUCUAGCGGCACACCCCGGCUCAAACUUUCUCCCCACACAUUCCAUGAACAUCAGCAGGCCCUAUCCUUACCUUUUAGACGUCCCUGGCCUCCUUCCCUCUACAAACAGCUCCAUGCUCUUGGCCCCUGUGUUCCCUCCGUUGGCUGCAUCCUAUGCAGAUCUUCCACUGCUGAGGCCCAGAGGACAGAGGGCCACGUCAGACGAGGAGGGCGAGCAGCAGGUACCGGCUGACGCCAGUGCCGCUCUGCCUCACAAACUGAGGCUGAAGAACACAAAAACGGCAGAGCACAAAGACAAUUCAGCCACCACUACAUCCCCAGGCCCUAUAUAUGUGUCCGACUGAAAACAAACCAAACUGGAAAGAGGACAUCUGUUAAACUUUGCUAGCAGGCUAGUUUAUGUGGACUAGGAGGUCACUUAGGAGGUCGCCUAGGUUGGCUAGUAUGUGGACAUGUGGUAAACUUUUCAGGACAUUGAGAUACAAAUCCCCAUGCAAAGAAUAUUUCAAAAAAGACUGAGAGAGACGAUUUGUUCCACUUUUGCUUCAUUUUCUCCCAGUGUUACUUUUACCAAGGUCCACAGUUGUAAGCCGCCCCAGGCAACAGCAUCACCAAUGCUACCAAAGAUUAGGGCUAACACAUGACUUCUUGCAAUGCAUAGGGAUGAGCAUUUCAAUCGAAUUUAAUAUCUGAAUUGUUAAGGCAUAAUUCCAGGGGUCAAAAAUUUAGGAAUCUUAAGGAUUCAGGCCACACAUGGGAUGUGUCUAGAGACAGUGACCAGAGACAGUGCUGCCACUCAGCAUCUUGGUAUUACUGUACUAUAUUAAACCCAGAACACCAGUCCACAGUAGUUGACAUGUGGCUUGAAAUUCAAGCUAAGGUCUUCACCUGGGAAACGGAGUUUGUGAAGAUUCAGUUAGCUAAAACCAAACCUGAUAAAUUUACUAAAUGAUGCUGAAAGUUUUUUUCCAUUAAAUUUAUAGAAUUCAAGUUCAAAAUGAGCUUGAGUUUCAUGUUUAUCUGCGCUUUUCUGUGACACUUGCUAUGUGCUAUAGCUGCGCUUUGUACUAUCUGCCAUCUGGCAGUAGAGAUCCUCUGGUGACACAAUGGAGAGUUUCUUGUCUGGUACACAGUAGCAUUUAGCUGGUUUUAGUAGCCUUUCUAUGCUUCCUUCUUUAGAAUAAACAGAUAAGAAACUGUCCAAAAUGUAAGACACAGGUUCUUUAUUUCCCUCUGGUGGAGUAUAGAGUUCAGACAUCUUAUGGUUCUUAUAAUAAUGUUUAAUGUUAGAGACAGGUUUAUCUGCAUAUUGAAAAAGCUAAUUCAUUUUUUACAACGUU